AUGGGCGAUGAGACAGACGGGGGCACGCCGCCUCCGCCUCCGCCGCCGCCGCCGCCGGCGUGCGCCGCGUGCAAGCACCAGCGGCGGAGGUGCACGCCAGGCUGCAAGCUGGCGCCCUACUUCCCGGCCCACCAGCCCGACCGGUUCAAGAACGCGCACCGCGUCUUCGGCAUCAAGAACAUCCUCCGCCUCAUGGAGACCGCCGGGGAGGAGAGGCGCAACGACGCCAUCAAGUCCGUCGUCUACGAGUCCGACGCGUGGGCCGUCGACGGCGUGCGCGGCGCCGCGGGCAUCGUCGCGAACCUCUUCCGGGAGCUCCGCGGCCUGGAGGCCGAGCUCGCCGAGCUCAACAGGCAGCUGGAGCUCCGCCGCGGUCCGAAGCCGCCGCCGGCGCCCGCCGGCGCCGUCGUCCCUGGUGGCCAGGACUUCCACAGGCGGUUGCCGCAGGCGCAGUCUUCGACGGCGACACUACCGCCGAACUGUCACCACGACAUCUACAUGGCACCGUCGUACCAUGUACGGAGAGACGAUGAAGAUUAUCUAGUUGAGCCAUCCUCCCGCCCAGCGGAUGAUGCGGUGGCGAUGUCGACGGCAGAGCGCCAUGGGGAUGGACGUGGGUUAGCUCCUCCUCGUGACAACGCAAAGGGAGAAGACGACCCUACCUCAUCGAUGAGGUUCCUCCGAUAG